AUGUCAUCCACGAUCAAUGAUAAUUCAACAAACACAAGUUAUGAAACUCACACAUUAGAUGCCGAUGAUAACAACAAUGCUGAUUCAAUUGAAAAACUAUGCUCAAAUGUCAUAUUAGCGCUUGAUGGGAAUAUGAAAAGAAUUGGUGGAUGUUGCUUUGAUAUUGAACAAAAAAGCAUUUGGAUAAUUGAAGAUAUGAGGUUUUAUAAAUCAGAUUUCAACGAAUUUCUUUCUGCAAUUAAUAAAAAUACAGUCACAUCCAAAUCGUUCGCAAGCAGUGCUGGUGCUAGAGUUAUCAACUCAAUUAUAUCGAUAUUAGAUGAAGGUGAUCAAUUAUAUACUCCUUUGAAUACUCUCAAAUUCUCAAAAUAUUCAUCCAUUGCUUUGGGUUGUUUCAAUGCAGUCUCUUCAGCACUAGAAUCUGAGUUUAGAGAUCAAAAUAUUGAUGCAGAGCUAGGGCCUCUAUUUGUGAAGGCUGAAUAUUUUACAUUCUCUGACAUACUAUACAUCGAAACAGAAACAUUACACGAUCUUCAUAUUAUGGAUAAACCUAAUUAUAAAAGAUCAAAUCAAGGUCAUAAAAGAAUGAAGUCAUUAUUUGAAAUUUUAGAUUUAACAGGUUCAAAACAAGGUAGUUUUCAGUUAAGGAAAUGGUUCAAAAGUCCACUAUGUAAUAAACAGAUGAUAAAUGAAAGAUAUGAUGUUAUAGAAGUAAUGAAGGCUGAUGAAAAUAUGCAAUAUUUAGAAAAUAUUGGAUCUCAUUUAAAACAACUUCCAAAUGUCAACAAUAUCUUGACUUCAUUUCAAGUUGGUAAUUCCCCUCCAAAAAGCUGGUUCAACAUAUCCAGGUUCCUAGAAGAGACAAUUUCUAUAUAUAGAGAGAUUUGUACAAUAUUUCUGAGAUUAGAAAACCCACCAGCUAUUAUAAACCAAAUAGUUGAAACAAUUAAACCAAGGAUGUUCAGUGACUUACAAAAUGAAAUAAAAAGAGUGAUUGAUUUUGAAUCUUCAAAAAGUUGGAAUAAAGUAAUGAUAAACCAGGAAGUGUUAUCCACUGGUGAAAGAACUGGUAAAACAUACAAAGAUAUUGAUAAUGUAUUAUAUGGAGCUAUUACAAAAUUACAGCACAUGUUUCCUCAUAUUCCUGGUGAUGAUCUUGGUAUUAUUUUCUUACCUUCUUUAGGAUUCUUGAUUUCAAUUGAUGAACAAAGUAUAGAUUUAGCUAUCCCAAAUUGGAACCAAGUUUUCAGCUCUGAAUCAACAAUCUAUUUUAAAGAUGAGAUGACUGCAUCAUUAGAUGAAGAAAACGAGUUCUUAUAUGAAGAGAUUAUUGAAGGUGAGAUUGAAAUUAUGCAUGAGUUACAGACAUUGGUUUUAAGUGUUGGACUUCAAAUUUCAGAAGCUAGUAAAGUGUUAGCAGAGCUAGACUGUUAUGUUGCAUUGACUAAAGUGUCACUACUUAUGGGAUUUGUGCGCCCUGAAAUUGUUGAUACCAAUGAAAUCACUAUUAGAAAAGGAAGAAACCCAACAUAUGAACAAAUCGUCUCUUCUUAUAUUCCAAAUGAUACAUCAAUUGAAAAUGGUGAUAUUUCAGUGAUCACGGGGGCUAAUGCUUCAGGAAAAUCUGUUUAUAUGUUUCAAGUUGCAAUCAUUGUAUUUUUAGCCCAUAUUGGAUCUCACGUUCCUGCUGAAUAUGCAAAAAUUGGUCUCACUGAUAAAAUUUUAGCAAAAGUGACCAGUACAGAUUCAUUAGAUAGAUGUGAAAGUACAUUCUCUUUAGAUCUUCACAAGAUGAAUAAAUGUUUGAAUAUGGCAACUGAAAAAAGUCUUUUACUUGUUGAUGAAUUUGGUAAAGGGACAGAUGUUAUAGGUGGUCCAUCUCUUUUAGGAGCUUUGAUUGAAAAUAUAUCCAAACAACAAAAUAGACCAAAGCUUAUGGUUACUACACAUUUUCAUGAGUUAUUCAAAGAAGGUAUUCUACAUGACAUUCCUCAAGUUAAACAUAGUCAUAUGGAUAUAUUAUUAAAAAAAGGAACAGAUGAUGGAGGGAAAUCUGAAGAAAUUACUCAUUUAUAUCAAUUGAAACCAGGUGUUGCGAUGAACAGUUUUGGUAUUGAGUAA